UCUGAGAAGGUCACUGAUCUGAAAUAUUAACUCACCGAAUCCCUCCACAAAUCCUGACUGACAUGCUACAUGUUUCCACAAUCGUUAGAUAUGUCAAUAUUUUCCAAUCUACAAGGAUAAUUCAGGGACCAUUAGCUACUAACUUGCAAACUAUCUGAAAUAAAAAUGGUUCAUUUAAUUUGGAUAUUUGUUUUGACCUAAUCAUGUAGCAAUACGGGAAGACUGCUAAACUGCUGCAGUUGUUGAGGUAAAUCUUCAACAACAAUUCCGUUAAUCAUUUGUGACUUGACAUAUGCCCUUGCAGUAAAUGCAAUUCAAAUGGAGACAAUUAUGUUCUGAUUGCAAUCAAGGCUCAUGAGGCACUGUCAUAUACGGUCAAAACUGAUUGAAUGGUUUAAGGAAAUGCACUAAUCAGCUCCAGCCUAUAUAGUUUAUUCCACAAUCCAGUGUGUCCUUUUUACCGCAGGAUGGAGUUAGAAGCCAUUCAGUUGGAAGAAGCGCAUGUUCACCACGUAUAUGAGCAAACAGCGUCCUACUUCACUGAGCUCCAAACCAAGGCCUGGCCAUGUGUCCGACAGUUCCUCCUGGACCAAGAACCAGGCAGCCUCAUUGCUGAUAUAGGAUGUGGGACUGGAAAAUAUCUGGGUGUAAACAGCCAGGCCUACAAACUGGGCAGUGACUAUUGCAAACCUUUGGUGGAGAUUGCCAAAAGGCAAGGACAUGAAGUCAUGGUAUGCAACAACCUCAUUCUGCCCUACAGGGAUCAGUGCUUUAAUACAGUCAUUUCCAUUGGAGUAAUUCAUCACUUUUCAACAAAAGCCAGACGAAUCCGAGCAAUUAGAGAAAUGGCAAGAACUUUGCAGCAUGGAGGUCAAAUGAUGAUUUAUGUAUGGGCCAUGGAACAAAAGUACCGUCGAUUUGAAAAACAGGACAUCUUUGUUCCUUGGAACCGAUCCCUGUGUUCGAGACCAUCAUCAGAGUCGAGUCAAAAUAACAAUCAAGAGAAUGUCAAGACAGAAGGUAAAGAUCUAAUAAAAGCAGUUCAAAAUCAAACCAGUGUAAUGCUGCCUCUUCGACAGGAUGAGCACACAAUACUUCCAUAUAGAAGUGACAAUCAAACAUUGUUAGAAAAUUGCUGCCCCAGAAUGUCCAAAGAUCAAGAGUACCGACUUUACAAGAAUCUGGGAAAAUCACUCCGUUCCUGGUUCUUCUCCAAAUCACUUGAUGAUGUUAUGAUGCAGACGCACAUCGAACGACUAAAGUCAAUGAAAAAUUCACCAGACCUAGUGCACACAUGGAGCAACUCUACUGUUAACAUGCAGCCUGUGGGGAAGUUGAGCACUUCAUCGCGGCACUGCAGUUUGGAAGCAGAUUGCCCAUCGCUGGUGAAGAGAGACAGUCUAGAUGAGGAAGUAUUUUCUGAAAAUCCAAGGCAUGAAGAAACACAAUGGUUAGAGACCAAAAAUGCAUUAAAAGAAAAAGACGGAAGACUGCAAAGUGAAAUCCACAGACCAGACCUAAAUCCUUGUUGGACUAACUCUGCAGGAGACAGUCUUAAAGAAACACUAAGCUCAGAGUCAACAAGGUCUGCGAUUGAAAGUAUCAAAACUGUGGCUUUAGAUGACAAGCAAGAGACAAUUCCAGAUGCUACCGAAUUCAUGAGAUAUUAUCAUGUCUUCAGGGAAGGGGAAUUGGUUCAACUCAUUGAAGAGAAUGUGCAAGAACUUCAUAUCCUCAGUUUCUGUUAUGACCAUGGCAACUGGUGUGUUAUAGUGGAAAAACAAUAAUAUGCAGAGACUUUAACUGAAAUAUACAUUUUAAUGUCAAAGGUACUCUUGAGCCACUAUUUUAAUCACAGAUUGCAACAAAAUUGUUUUCAAUUUUGCUCACAUUAAGCACAAUAUAAAUACCAUUGUAUAAAAUUAUAUUUUAAACUAUGGAGUGACCAGAGGUACAGGAUUAAUGGUUUGAAAGUAGACAAAAAAUGCUGGAGAAACUCAGCGGGUGAGGCAGCAUCUAUGGAGAAAAGGAAUAGGUGACGUUUCGGGUCGAAACCCUUUUUCAGACUGAUUAAUAUUUUGGAUAUAAGUGGGCACAAUUCGAAGGAUCUGAUUAAUGUUGGCACCACUCACUCAUUAAUGAAUGGGGAGACAAUUGAAAGCAUAAAUUCUCUCCUCAUUGAUUGGUUAUUUUAAAGGGUGAAGCAGCAGAAGGAUUGCCACAAGGGUUUAAACAUUACCACCUUACUGGAGCCAGGAGUCCUCUUAUACCUCUUGUUGUCCAAUACUUGCCCUUUUCCUGUUUCGACUCCCACAUGUGACCUUACACUACUCCAUAAUUUGGUGGUGCCAUAUAGUGUGCUGUACUGCAGCACUCCCCCAACAUACUUUGUAUAAUCAUCCCGCUAAUGUGACUUGAUGUGCAGAGAUUAACAGCCAGGGUGUUUCCGUUAAUGUUCCCUGUUGCUGUGCUCACAGUGGGAUCAGAAGGGUAGUUAUGUUGGAUGCUUGCCAAGGGCUGGUCCCGUUCUACCUGAAGGUCUGUCAUUUGUCCCCCAGCUGCCAGGAAAUCUGGUGACUUCUGCCAGCCCAAAGAAAGUGGCAGGCAUGUAUGUACCUUGGAUCGACACAAAACGCUGAAGUAACUCAGCAGGUCAGGAAGCAUCUCUGUAGAAAAGGAAUAGGUGACGUCUCCGGGUCGAGACCCUUCUUCAGACUGAGUCAGGGGAGAGGGAAAUGAGAGGUAUGAAAAGGUACAGAAUCAAUCAGAUGACUCAAGAAAACUGAGCCCACAAUGGUCCAUGGUUGGCUGUGGAAGAGGUGAUAAUGAAAGGAUAUAAACAGUGAAACUAGCAAGACCCCUCGGAGGGAGGGAUGGGGGAGAGAGGGAAUGCAAGGGUUAUUUGAAAUUAGAGAAAUUAAUGUUCAUACCGCUGGGUUGUAAGCGGUCCAAACAAAAUAUGAGGUGCUUUGGACCCGGCCUGACGGUUCCUUUCAAUCAUAGAGGUGGCUGCUUUGGUGCAAGUUCAAAUCUUGAUUGUGUUCUGAACUCCUCGUGGGCAUUGCAACGGGGAGGCUGGUUCUUCCCAAGGAAUCAAGUUUCCAAAAGCACAUGAAAAGGUUACAGCAGAGCAUAUUCUGUUUUGAAAUAUCCCAAACCUACUUUCUAAAAAAAGAUGAUUUCUCAUAAAAGGGUUAUCUAUCUCACACAGGUUAUCAGAUCAAUAAAGAUUAAUCAACAUUAUUUCUUUGUAACUGUUGUCAGAAAAUAUAUGAUACUGUUCCAUUUGUUUUAAGCUGUUUAGUAUUUAUUAUAACGUCUGCGAGCAUUGUGUGUAGAUCUUUUUUGUUGUUCAUCCCAUGUGCAGACAAUAUAUUAAGGAAUAGUGCACUGCAAGAUACAUUUUUAUAAUUUUUUUAUGCACAUAUGUCAUAUUUAUAUGUAGAAGUUCUAACUUUGUACAUCAUUUGAAUUCAAAGAUAGAGUUUUUGUAUUAAUGACUGGAUAAUAAUUAGUAGCCUGUGUGCAAGAAGGAGCUGCAGAUGCUGGUUUAAACCGAAGAUAAACACAAAAUGCUGGAGUGACUCAGCAGGUCAGGCAGCAUCUCUGGAGAGAAGGAAUGGGUGACGUUUCGGGUCGAGACCCUUCUUCAGACUGGUUAGGGAUAAGGGAAACGAGAGAUAGGGACGGUGAUGUGGAGAGAUAAAGAACAAUGAAUGAAAGAUAUGCAAUAAAAUAGCGAUGAUAAAGGAUAAUAGCCUAAGUUUAUUACAAAGUGUCUGACAAACACAAGAGAACAUAGACCAGUAUAGCACAAGAACAGACCCUUCGACUCACGAUGACUUUGCCAACCAUGAUGUCAAUUUAAACUAAUUCCACCUCAUAGUCAUAAAUUCAUACAGGGUAGAAACAUGCCCUUCGGCUUAACUUGCCCAUGCCCUCAAGUGCCUAUUAAAUCAUUCCCCCCUUACCUUAAACCUAUAUCCUGUGGUUUUCUAUUCCUCUACUCUGGGUAGAAGACUCUGUGCAUUUGCCCUAUCCAUUCCUCCCAUCCCUCUCAUGAUCUUAUACACUUACAUGUGGUUGAUAUCCGUUCAACCCCUGUGUUCAUGUGCGUGUCUAAAUGGACAGAGUUCCAAGCACCCACCACACUUUGUGUUAAAAAAAAACAAAAUACUUGCUCCACAUAUCUCCUUUACAUUUUGCUCAUCUUACCGAAAAGCUAUGCCCUCUAGACUUUGACAUUUCCACCCAGGGAGAAAGGUUCUGCUUGUAUACCCUAUCUCAUAAUUUUAUAUUCUUCUAUCAGGUUUCCCCUUAACCUCUGGCAUUCCAAGUUUUGUUCAACCUAUCAUUAUAGCUAAUGCCCUCUAAUCCAGGCAACAUUCUGGCUCUCCUGCACCCUCUUCUGCACACUCUCCAAAGCCUCCACAUCCUUAUGUUAUGGGGCGAUAUGUUAUGGGGCGUUAUGCACACAUAUUCCAAAUGUGGCUUAAUUAAAGUCCUAUAAAUCUGCAACAUGACAUGUGGACUAAUACUUAAUGCUCUGACUUUCCACCGAUUAAUAUUCCUGCCUUAGGCAUCAGUGUUCCAAAGGGAAUAUAACGUCUCUACUGCCAGUGAAGGGAUCCAAUGAAGCAGUUGACAUUUGCUGGUGCCAACACAAGUCUAUUUACCCACAAUCAUUGGGUAUAUAAUUAUUUUCACAGGAAGUAAAAAUCAGGCACAGCUUUGUCGAUAUGCAUAGGACAAAAUAGUUUGUAUGGAUUUUCAUUCAGCCACUUGGAUUUGCUGCAAGUAAAAUUCAUGGCAGCACAUUUUUUGAGUGUGGAAUUUUCCAUUUAAACUAAUUGAAACCGAUUUCAUGAAACCAUUGCCAGCAAUUUCAGGAGGGUUUUUUUCUGGAUUUCCUGCUGGAACUUGGAAUAUCGUUCAAAAUCCCUUGGUAUUUUGCCUUUCUACACUUGCAAUAGUCAUCUCGCAACAUGGUUUUCCAAAUUAAUAUAACUCUAAGGUAAUCUGCUUAGUU